CAUCACUUUACAAUACUCAAGAUCAAGAAUCCCAAAGAAUGAUUUCAGAGGUUUAAUAGACUUAAUCGAUAUCUCUAAUAACGAGAUAAUAUUUACUGCCACUUCUAGCUCACGGGACAACCUCGGAUCUCCAGACCUCUGCCCCUCAGACGAAAAUGAGGGAGAGAAUCAAUACUGUAUCCCAACCAAACAUUUCCCCCAAGCUCUCUAACAAGCCCAUUCCGUAAUUUCACCACAUAGAUAAAAAAUCCCGUCUGCGAGUAAAAAUUUAGUCGUCUUUCACCAAACCUUUCCCUUCAAGUGUCCAAGUGUGGGGGCCCGCCCACAAAUCCCACCAAAGCCAAAAUCAACCUGAGCAGAGGAACCUCAAAGGACCGACCAAUUUUCGAUCGCGAACCGCCGCUGCCGACCUCUACCUUACGACGCUCUCACGACCCUCCUCCUCUCAGGCUCGACCUAGACAUAUCCAGCCCAGUAUGGCGGUCGAAACCUCCUCCUUCAUCCAUCUUGCGCGCCCUCUUGCGCCCGCAGUUAUUGGCGUGCAACCCACCACCGCCCCCGUCAAUGUCAUAAUUCAACCACAAGUAUGUUCCCCCCCACCACCAACCUACAUCUUCUAACUUGAAUUUCCACAGGCAGUCUUCUCAAUCCUCGACCAUGCAAUCCGACGAGACAUCCGCGACACCCAGUCCACGCGGGUAAUCGGAGCCCUCUUGGGCGUCCGCUCAGAAGACGGCAUGGAAGCCGAAGUACGCAACUGCUUCGCCAUCCCGCACACGGAGAACGAGGACCAAGUUGAAGUCGACGUCGAAUACCAGAAGAGCAUGCUGGCGCUGCAACUCAAAGCCAACCCGCGCGAAGUGCUGUUGGGAUGGUACACCACGUCGCUCGACCUGAACAGCUUCAGCGCCUUGAUCCAGAACUUCUUCGCGAGCCCUGAGACCGGCACGUUCCCCCACCCCGCCAUCCAUCUCACCGUCUCCACCGACGCAGGAAAGAGCAUCGAGGCAAAGGCAUACAUCUCCGCCCCCGUGGGCGUCAACGCCGAGCGCGCCGCAGAAAGCUGUCUCUUCAUCCCCGUCCCAUACGACAUCCGCUACAGCGAAGCCGAAAAAAGCGGUCUCGAGCUGAUUUCCGGCGCAAAAGACGCUGAGAACCGCGCCGCUCCAGUCGUCACCGACAUCGAGGGACUGGAGCGAGCCGUCGACCAGGCCAUCGACCUCUUGGACCGCGUAGCCGAGUAUGUCAGUUCCGUGCUAGACGAGGAGAGAGAGCCUUCCAAUGCUCUGGGUCAAUUCCUCAUGAAUGCCCUUUCUCUAGCACCCAAGGUUGACCCUGAAGACAUCGAGCGCGAUUUCAACAACCAUAUCCAGGACGUCCUGGUGGUUUCUUACUUGGCGAAUACCAUUCGAACACAGAUCGACUUGUCUCAACGAUUAGCAACUUCCGUGCUGACCAUGGGUGGUUCCGAUGCGCUCGCUGCAACGGGAGGAGGCGAAGGAGGCGAGAAGGGAGAACGUGGUGGUCAACGAGGGGGUAAACGUGGAGGCAGAGGUGGUGGACGUGGAGGUGGAGGACAGCAAAGGGAACCAAGAGAACCCGCAGAGUAAUUCACAUGAAAAAAAUAAUCCCUUUUCAAGCUUUCUCCACACGAGUAUUUGGCUGUGCAUUUACGUUUCAUUUGUACAGGAAAAAAUGGAAAAAAGUAAUGGAUGGCGUUUACG